CAUGCUCACAGCAAUAGUAAAAGCUUUAGCUAGCAGACGACAGAUUAUCACACGAAGCAGCUAGCGCCCGCUGGACAACUCUCUGAUAAAGACAGCUUUGCAAGUCUUCCAAACUUGUUACCAGGAUUUAUUAUUCAAGUCUUCCCGAUUUUUCACAAUUUCUUCGAUGAAAUUACCGACGAGUAUCGUUAUGCAGCAAGAACAACUCCUCCACGUGCUUCCAGAAAGAGUGUCGGCAUCAGCACCUCACUCUCGGUCCUGCUCCUUCAAAAACCGGCCCCGACCCAAGUUGGAGCUUGAUCUUGCCGAUGCCAGACCACGGAUCAAUAGUAUGCCAAACUGUUCAGUGUACCUCUCAUUACCCGACGGACUUCAUGGGGAUCUUCGGAUGUUCGGACAAAACGCCGGCUUCUUCCGAGUAAGAUCCUUCAAGACAACCUCCAAGGGUGUUGUCAACCAUGGCGACUCCUUCAAGAAGAGGAGCACGGUCAGUUUGAUGUCAUCCGGCAGUACCGUCACAGAGAAUGAGCAGAGACAAAGGACAUUAAGUGUGGCAUCAGAGGAGAGCACAGCCGUCAGUGGUGGGUCUUCAGCCGCGCCCUCCUACUUCAGGGUGGUGAUGCUCGGUGCCCCCGGAGUCGGGAAAACCACCCUCACUCGGCAGUUCAUGACAUCGGAAUAUAUGGGCUCCUACGAUGUAAUUACCCCUGAUCCCGACGAGCAGGAUGAUUCAAUUGUGUCCGUCAUGUUAGACGGAGAAGAAUCGAUGAUGGAGUUUAUCGAUAACCCCGAGGACUGUGAUUUUGAUGACCUCCGAGUCGAUGCGUAUGUCGUGGCCUUUUCCAUCACAGACCAUGACUCAUUUGAGACUGCCGUGAACAUGGUGCGCCAGCUCCGGGUAGAAUUAGGAACAGACCGAGCUAUCAUCCUUGUUGCUAACAAGACAGAUCUUGUUCGGCAACGUCGAGUACCAUCAUCAGAGGCUAAGGUUAUCGCCAUGAAGUAUGACUGCAAAUACACAGAGACAUCCGUUGCCAUCAACCAUCAUGUGGACGAACUUUUAGUAGGGAUACUCAGCCAAAUUCGCUUCAAGCUCAACAUCCCAGUUCACCAGGUUGUGCUUACGGAGAAACCUAAAGAGAAACUAUCCCCGAAAAGAGCAAUGCUGUUUCUGAGUAAACUGUUCAAGCAAGCAAGUCGAAAAUCAAAAUCCUGUGACAAUCUCUUCGUUUGAUUUGCCUUGUCGGCAUGUUAGAACACCACUGCCUUGAGUUUUGAUGCGAUGUUAAGCUAUGUUCCACCGUUCCCGGGAUGUUAGUUCCUGCUUAUACAACGACAAAGACGAUUUCCACUGCUGUUGACAAUCCCAUAGUUUAAUCAUCCGUCCACAUCAAGGCGUAAUAAUCACACAUCAGCCUUCACCGCCAGGGCGACACACAGACAAUCAUUCCAAGUCGUCAUUCCCAGAAUCAGAAAGAAUGCUCCAUGACGCCUCGCCGUGGAGAUCACAUCACUGCACCAAACGGGAAACAAUACCAAAUAAGGUGCCGUAACUGACUUCGAUUAAGUUUAUCAGAAACGUGUUCAACCAAGUGUCACGUCACGAAGACGACCGUCACAACCAGUGAAAUUAUCCGAACUAUUUCAAUUCGAUCCAGAAGUGAUAGUUUCAGAUUGACGAUUGAACAACAUCAUACAAUCAUGAUAUUUCACCUUAUCAUCUGAUAGUUAAGCAGAUGACAUCAAAUGACUUUUGAAGUUGUUUUAUCACCUGGCGAUGUGUGACCAUCCUCAUCGCAUUUCCCAAAUCGGGACCAAUCUGUAUAUAGCUUUUUGUAUAAUAUUGUCCAAAUGCAAAUAAAAUUUCUUACUUCUUC